GUGAAAAUGGACAAUUUCAUGUUUCGUAAAUUUCUCAACCAAAGUGCAUAUCACUACCAAGACACUUUGUACUUCGAAAUAUUCAUUUGCGAUGAUUCCACAAAGAGUUUUGUUUCCGAGGGUUCCUUGAAAACCUCGGCUGAAUUUACAGCCUGGCUUCGUCAAGAGGGUGAAUAUACACCGAAAAUCCCAACCGACAAAAUAAAAGUGAUUGGCAGCUUAAGGCUUGUCAUUCAGCCAGAAUGUGAGCCAGCGACCUUUGAGCCAAGAGUUUUAACAUUGCCACACCUUGAUUACACAGAGAUGAUACAGAGGUUGAACCUUUCGUACCGUACGCUUGAGACUACAAACAAUGUUGGGCCGUUUCUCUGGUCCGUCACUUGCAAAAACGGACCUGAUAGGCACCUACAGCUUCUCUACCGCAACGUCCAAGGAAUGAAAGCGGGUCACUGUCACGGGUGGGAACUCUCCUUGGCAUACUUACCCUUAACCCAUACUACCACCGGUUUCUUCAAGGGAACCACAAAAUCCAUCCUGAAAGAAUGCCUCGAGCGCCUCAGAUUCACUUACAAGGAUGGUGUGUACCCACUGCUACUGCCCUCAAUAAUUUUCUCUGAAGAAAUGAAUGCGAUCUCAACCACUGGCGACCAGUGUUCCAGAGAAUGGUUGCACAAUGUCGAAGCCAAAAUCGGACAACCCCCUCCUGAAGGCACGACUAGACUCAAGCAUCUAACGGACCUUGAAGACAGCCUUCUGGACAUACACAAAAGAAUUGUAGCUAAACAUCCUCAAACCCAGAUCGAAGUAGUCAAGGUCUUCGAACGGACCUUGCAAGAAUCUGCAGCCCUCGAUCACCAAAGCCCCGAUCUUUCAAAGAAACGUGACGUGAUGCACGGUACUAUUACAUUCGAAAAGACCAAGCUAGAAAAUUUGCUUGCUGAUGUAGUUGUCACACUUUCUCGGGUCGAGAUGCUGAGAUCAGCCGUGCAGAAUCGAUUUGCUGUAGCACUCGCAGAUGAGCAGCGCAUUUCAGACAAGAUCAAGCAUGAGGCCAGUAUAAAGUUCAGCAAAAAUCAGCAGACGUUCUCCAUUUUGGGAGUUUUGUUUCUUCCGGGAACUUUUUUCGCCGCCAUCUUCAGCACUACAUUUUUUGACUUCCACCCUUCUGGGGACGGUGUCAUAUCCAAAGACUUUUGGGUGUUCUGGGUGUUCACGUUACCAACGAUGGGAGCACUUGUCAUCUUUCUGUUCUGGGAUUAUAUAUAUCCUGGGAGUGAGAAGUUUCAAUGUCUUUGGGGUUUACCUAAACGCGAGAACAUCGUCGGAUUGAAAAAUGAGGUGUAAUAAUCAGGGAGUGAACAAGCUGAAAUAUGCAUCAGACUUCCGCUUAACGUCCACACUUGCUGUCUCUGCAGACCCUAUGCUCCAAAUUUGAAUAAUCCACAUUUUAGACACUUGUAAUCUUCCG